AAAACGUCAAAAAAAAAUAAUCGCGUAGAAAAUUUGUUUUCACUAAAAAAAAAAAUCCUUUAAUUUCUUUUUCCACAAAAAUAAAUCACUUGAAAAAUGUCUGAUAGUGAAUCUGGCGAUGGAAUGGAAGAACUCCAAGCUAUUGUCGAUGAAUAUGCGGCAAAAGAAAAAACAAAACCCAAUAAACAACCAAAUAAACGAAAACCUACCCAAAAGCCAAAACCCGACGACAAACCAAUCGAAUGGAUUAAAUCCGAAGAAGAAAUCCGCCUUGAAAAACUAAUAUUCGGUGACAAAGAAGGUUUGAUUGAAAAUUUACAAAAAUCAUCAACCAAAUCCGACGAAGAUGCUGACGAAUCACCACAAAUUAAAAAAAGAAAACCCGCCUGGGAAGACAAUGAUGACAACAUUACUAUGGGUGAAAUUACCAAACGAGCAUUUGCCGCUGAUAAAACUUUACAAGAUCAAUUAAAGUCAAAAUUUCAACGUACCACUAAAACACCCAAAUGGGCAGAUCUCGAUGCAAAGAAGGAAGUCCAUUCAGAUGAAGAAAUCCUUCAAACUGUUGGAUUUAUUGCAAAAUCUAAAUCAAAUGCUUUACCAUCCGAACGGAUUUCUGUAAAGAAACUUAAAGAUCUUAACAGAGAAACCUAUGCCGAAGGUAUUAUUAAUAGCAUCCAAUUCCAUCCGACUAGUACUGUGGCAAUGGUGAGCGGUGAAAAUUGUUUAGCCACCCUUUACGCAAUCGAUGGUAAGCAAAAUGAGAAACUCCAUUGCAUUCGUUUCAAAGAUUUUCCGAUUAAGUGUGCUAGGAUCCUCAAUUGCGGCACAAAGGCUAUGUUUGCUAGCACUUCACAUAACUAUUACUCUUAUGAUCUAAUGCAAGCUGUCGAAAUGCAUCAUCUUAUGCCCAGGCGAAUGAGAAUAACUCAAUUUGAAGUCUCACCUGAUGGUAGAUAUUUUGUUAGCAAGGGAAAUUGUGGGGAAAUGCAUUUGCUUGAUAUGAAAUCUAAAGAGUUUAUUCAUACAUUUAAACAAGAAGAUGCUUGUCAAGGGAUAAAAUUCUCUGCAGAUUGCACUAAAAUCAUAUCCACAUCAAAUCGAGAUAAAGUCAGUAUCUUUGAUAUUAGACGACAACGAGUAAUGCAUACAUUCGCCGAUGAUGGUUGUAUCAAAGGACAAUCAUUGGCUAUAAGUCCUGAUGGAAAGUUGAUUGCUUGUGGCAGUUGUGAAGGAAUUGUCAAUAUUUAUGAUUAUGAGAAAGUUUUCGAAUCGAAAACACCAAAACCUUUGAAGACCAUUAUGAAUUUGACUACUAAAAUUACGGGUCUCAAUUUUAAUCAUAGUUCGGAGAUUUUGGGAUUGUGUUCGGGUGUUGUUAAAGGUGGCAUGAGAUUGUGUCAUAUUGGAAGUGGGACAGUUUUUGCCAAUUUUCCAGGAAAUACCAUCGAAAAGUUGCCUAAUAUCAGGGAUAUUCAAUUUUCACCAUCAAGUGGAUAUAUAGCAUUGCAGACGUGGAAGAAGGAGGCACCACUUUAUAGGCUUAAGCAUUUUAGUAAUUAUUGAUUUAGGAUUAUUGAUUAUUUUUUUGAUUAUAGCCUUGAGUAUCUAAACCACAUGCUGUCAAUACAAAAGUUUUGUAUUUUUAUGGGGUUAAAGAAUUUAUUUAAAAAAAACCA